GACGCCACCCAUUCAAAAAUGUCAGGGUGCACUGGGUGAAGUGCGUGCCGGAUCUGUCUGUGCUCAGGUAAACACUGCGCGUGAAACCGGUCGGCAGCCCUCGCGCCCGGACUCAUCAUGUCUCUGCUCAGGUUUGGAGGCGUGUUGCUGCUGCUGGGAUGUUCACUCGGGGCACCUCGAUCGUUCAGCGUGGAUUACAAGAACGACUGCUUCCGGAAAGAUGGGGAAGAGUUUCGCUACAUAUCAGGAAGCAUCCACUACAGCAGGAUCCCCAGAGUCUACUGGAAGGAUCGGCUGCUUAAGAUGUACAUGGCAGGACUGAACGCCAUCCAGACGUACGUCCCCUGGAACUUCCAUGAGGAGUCUCCAGACCACUACAGUUUCAGUGGAGACAGGGAUUUGGAGUAUUUCCUUCAGGUGGCCCAAGACGUGGGUUUGCUGGUCAUCCUUCGGCCUGGACCCUACAUAUGUGCAGAGUGGGACAUGGGUGGGCUGCCUGCCUGGCUUCUCAACAAGAAAGACAUUGUGCUGCGGUCUUCUGAUCCAGACUACAUUGCAGCAGUUGACAAGUGGAUGGGGAAGUUACUUCCGAUGAUGAAGCCUUUUCUCUACCAGAAUGGGGGUCCUAUCAUCAGUGUACAGGUGGAGAAUGAAUAUGGCAGUUAUUUCGCUUGUGACUACAACUACUUGCGUCACCUUUCCAAGCUGCUCCGGUCUCACCUGGGCAACGACGUGGUGCUCUUCACCACAGAUGGAGCUGGGAUCGGCUACCUCAAGUGCGGCUCAAUACAGGAUGUUUACGCCACUGUUGACUUUGGGCCAGGUGGAAAUGUAACCGCUGCCUUUGAAUCGCAGAGGUACGCUGAACCUCACGGACCACUGGUGAACUCUGAAUUUUACACCGGCUGGCUGGACCACUGGGGGUCACCUCACUCUGUCGUGUCUUCUGCCAUAGUCGCCAAGUCCCUCAACGAGAUGCUGGCCAUGGGAGCAAACGUCAACAUGUACAUGUUCAUAGGAGGAACCAACUUUGGAUACUGGAACGGUGCCAAUGCGCCAUAUGGCGCACAGCCGACGAGCUACGACUACGACGCCCCGCUCACCGAAGCAGGAGACCUCACAGAGAAGUACUUUGCUAUUCGAGAGGUGAUCAGAAUGUACCGUAAGAUACCAGAGGGCCCGGUUCCUCCAACAACUCCAAAGUACGCGUACGGGACUGUUGUGAUGAAAAAGCUCCAGACAAUAUCAGACGCCUUAGAGAAUCUGUCAUUUUCCGGCCCUGUGAAAAGCGCAUAUCCUCUGACCUUCAUUGAACUGAACCAGGCCUUUGGUUUUGUGCUGUACAGGACUGCUCUUCCUGUUGACUGCAGCGCACCAACGCCACUGUCGUCUCCACUGAACGGCGUCCGUGACAGAGCGUAUGUGUCAGUGAACGGGGUGGCUGUGGGCAUUCUUGAGAGAAACAAGGCCAUAACUGUCAAUGUGACGGGGAAAGCUGGUAGUCAGGUGGACAUACUGGUGGAGAACAUGGGUCGAAUCAACUAUGGAAAAGACAUCAACGACUUCAAGGGCCUGGUGUCAAACAUGACUCUGGGGAAUGACACUCUAAAAGGCUGGACCAUGUACAGUCUGAGUAUCGAUGAAGCGAUCCGUCAAGGCCUUCUGAGUGAGACAAAACCAACAGCUUCACCGCAGCCUGCCGCUCUCUCCCCUCCAACCUUCUACAAGGGAAGCUUCAUUAUUCCUGACGGCAUCCCCGACCUCCCCCAGGACACCUACAUCCAGCUGCCCAAAUGGAGGAAGGGUCAAAUUUGGAUUAACGGCUUCAACGUGGGACGUUACUGGCCUAGUCGAGGCCCUCAGGUGACACUUUUCGUCCCUGCCAACAUCCUCAGCACGGCUGCGCCCAACAAUGUGACUGUCCUGGAGCUGGAGGAGGCUCCCUGCAGCUCCGGGCCCUGCAGUGUGGUGUUUACUGCCACCCCAAUCCUGAACGCAACGGUCCAGUCUGACUGCAAACUGCACGGGAGCCUCUUUGUUAGAGACGAUUUCUCGUGAUAAUAAGGGAACUGCUGCACAAAAAUCUGCUGCACAAAAUCAAUUUGCACUGCUCGCCAAUGUGCUUCCCAAAUCAGCACCUGUUCUGAGCUUGUUGAGUGUUUGUUUGAUUUUUUUAAAAAGCUGUAAUAUGUGAAGGAGGGUUAAUCUGGAACAGGACAUCAGUGAUCGAAUGUGUCUUUAAAAGUGAUGAAAUGGGUUUAAAGCCAAAUGCUGUGUUUAACCAUCGGCCUGUGGGCGUCUCUACCUCACUGAUUCAUGACAUUUUCAUCCAAAGCCUUUUGUUUACAUCACAAAGGGAUUAUUGCCAAUCAAAGUGCUGCCAAAACAUCAGAGCAUCCUGUUUUUAUUUUUAAUGUGAAAAACACAUCAGGGAAACCUUAUAUAUACUGUAGAUAAUUACUAUUAUUAUUAUUAUUAUUAUUUUACAGCUGCAGAUGUAUUGUGGGCCUGCUGAUAUUUAGUUUUUAUUGACUUGAAAAUAUUCUGCAUACACUCUGAUUUAAUGCUUGUAAAGAAAAAGCCUUUAAAAACAAAAAAUAAAAACUUUGAUUUGAUAUUACUUCAGUGCUCCCCCCCACAGUGAUUCCAAUAUUUGGUUAAAUGCCCCUUGGCCAUUUUGACCUAAAUUAGGUGCUUUUAAUAGCCAUCUAUUGACUGUUGUCUCGUUCAUGACGUUGGACUGCUGCACCUGUGUAGAGCCACACACAUUGUUGCUGGUGUGGAUGUUUUUUUUAUUACAAGAGGACAACAUGAUUAUAACUUGUGAUCCGUAUUUCAGAGAAGAUGGAAAAAUCUUCACAUUAACG